UUCGGUUUCUAUUGUGGUGGACUUAAGGAUCUCACACGCCCAACUAUUUUCGCGGGCCACUCGUUCCUAGCCGUUUUCGCUCAAGCAGCCGUCCGAGAGCGAGAGGAGGCCUCGUCGCCGACGCCCCCCCCCCCCACCCACGGGACUCGACUCGACUUCCCAUCCAUCCGCGCGCUGUGGUCACGUUAAAUCCAAACAAUCCUCGACGCCAGAAACGUAGUAUCCGCGAAGACGGCGACGACGGACACUGGGAAAAGCGCCCCGAUCCACAGCCCUUAUCUUUUCUUCCAAUGCCUCGAGCACCGGUUGCGGGACGGGAAAUUCGCCGACGGAGUCGGAAUGGCUGCUGGAACUGCAAGGCGCGAAAGGUCAAGUGCGGCGAGGAGAAACCGCGAUGCAGCAACUGCGAGCGUCUCGACGAGGAUUGCGACUACAAGAUCCGGCUGUCUUGGGGCGGUCGACCGCUGAAGAAGAAACUACAGGAGAAUGGAGGAAACGGCCACGAUCCAAAUGGCGAUGAUCAAUCCCAGUUCAUUCCCGGCGCCGGCCAAUUCUCGCUCAACCAGCACUUCCCGAGUCCGCAGACCUUCAUCCAAGCGACGCCACCCAACGGCGCGGCCAGGAAGCCACCGGUUCCCCGGGCUGGCAGCGGGAAGAAGACGAGCAUGUCCGGCUACCAGACGGUAUUCGCGGUCGGUGAAAACAUGCCCGAUUUACCUGUCGGCGGCGGCGGGCAAUCUUCCGCGGUGACGCCACCCCAACCACCGGCGCCACCAUCUACAAUGUCACGGGUGACACCGAUCACCUCCACGGCUCCGCUUGAUCCUCAGCUGAGCGUGCAAAUCCCGCUCGCGCAGACACAACAAACACAUCUGCCAGACCGUAGUGGCGUGCAGCGGAUGAGCCGUCGUGAUGACGCCUACGCAUGGCAGCAAAACUUGACACCGACCACUACCACCGCACCGCAGUCGCUCGCAUCUCCGUUCGAUGAGAAUCAGAUGCGAAAUGGACACCACCAGGAUCGGUCGUACUUCAGUCCGACAUACUCAACCACUGGACCGUUCUCCCCGACACAUACGUCGUCGCCAGUGGGGAACUACCACAGCCCGCCAGGACACUCAUCCAGCCCCGAUAUCUCGUAUUCACAGCCAAUUAACUCACCUCACCAUAAGAAUUAUCAUCCCGCACCAUCGAUCAUAGGAUCGCCUACAAAGAAAGCCAGGACCAGUACAUCGCCAACACAACCACCGCCAAUGUCUCCGUUCAUAUACGGAAGACAUCCCAUGAGUCAAGCGCCACAGCUUACGGCCUCGUUGGCGGAGGCGAUUGACUACAUGCAUACUCCGGCCUCCAUGGCACCCAUGAAUAACAUGUCCGGGGCUAUGAUCGGCAUGCCCGUCACCACUGGAAUCAGCAAUGGCAACAAUACGGUGAUGCGCAGAGUGUCGGUUGAGAACCUGUUGUCGGAUCCUUUAGUUCACGGGGGCUACAACGGAUAUCACCACGGCGGGUACGACAUGAGUUUCAAGACGGAAGGGCCGGAUCCAUAUACUUCCGACGGUCAGGAUAUGGAAGACAACGACAUCGAGGAAAUUCCUCGCCACGCCAUGGACUAUGAGGACCACAACUUCCACAUGCAGGUGAACCAUGCCCGACACUUCUUCAAAAUGAACGCGGCUUAUCCGGACCAGAUGUCUAUUCCCAGGAGGCUGGAUCCUCUCCCGCAGUGGCUACUGUCCAAUGAACAGAACAAGAUGUACUUCCACCAUUACCUGAAGCACACAGCCAGGUUGCUGGUACCUCACGAUUGCUCGGAGAAUCCGUUCAAGCACAUCCUGCCGCAAAUGGCCGUCGAGACCGACCACCUCAUGAACCUGCUGCUUGCAUACUCGGCUAGCCAUCAAGCCCGGCUACUCAACCACCCUGAACCCACGGAGCGAAUAGGCGGCUUCAUAGACGAAACGGUGCGAAGUCUGGGUGUCGCACUGAACCAUCCCGAAGGGGCCACGAGCGAUGCAAGUCUUGCUACAGCAAUCAUGCUCGCAUCGUACCAGAUCGUGUCGCCGAAUCCGUUCGCAUCCAGCGGGCUUACCUGGCAGACGCAUCUGGAUGCUGCCCGAAGAAUUAUCGUGUCCCGCGGAGGUGCCCAAGGCAUGCACAGCGGAGAUACCGUUUCGUAUUUCCUCGUGCGGUGGUUCGCGUACCUGGAUCUCCUGGGACGGCUGAGCGGUCGGGAAAUUGACGAGCCGGUACUGAGUGACAGCGGGAAAUACUGGACCAACGACAACGAGGACCCCCUGGCAGAGUUUUCAGUGGAUUGUUUCUUUGGAUUCACUACCCGUUGCGUUGCGAUCCUCCACAAGAUUGGGGAAUUGGCGAGACAGUGCGAGCAAGAACGAAAGAUGAUGCGCCGUGGUAGCCGGGGAGGCGAUAUAAUCUGGAAACCAACCAAGGAUACCCUGAGGAAUGCUCUGAGAAUACGCGAAGAACUGCGGGAUUCCAGGGAGCGGUCGUUGGGUCGAUGCACCCACGCCCACGACAAUGGAUACGCACAUUUCCACAACGGGAGUGACACCGGCGAGGACUUCGAUGAGGAGGAGCUAUUGGCCACCAACGACGCCUUCCACUGGGCUGCCGAGAUUCAUCUUUACCGACGGGUACUCGGUUACGAAUCCGACCACCCCGACGUCCAAGAUGCCGUUGGUCUCAUUGUCGAUGCCAUGCACAAAGUCAAGCAAGGUGGAACCGCAGAGAAUUGUCUGCUGUUCCCGCUCUUCACCGCCGGCUGCGAAGCUAUCAACUACGAGCACCGCGAGUACACGCUACGGCGAAUGCUCGAGGUGGAAAAGACUGGCUUGACUCAGGUCAAACAUGCCAGACUCCUCAUGGAAAGGGUGUGGCGUGAACGUGUAGCAUGGUGGGAGAUUGUGAACGGGGAGUUUCUCGGGUAACCGAACGAACGACGCAGAGCAUGAUACGAGUUCCACGACUAAGCACCGCAACGUGAUGAUGAUGAUGAUGUGUCCGCAUACACUCAAGAAGACGGCCGCCACCACUAAAACGAACCGAACCGAAAUCGACAUAAUUCUCAUUCUCUCACUAUUGCGAUCGUUUUUCUUUAUUUUCAUUUCCUGUAACCAUUGAUAG